AAAGAAUCAUGUCAAGGCGGAUCAAUUAGGGCGUUUCAAUACUAAAUGGUGAUUAGGCUAAACUAUAUUAAGCCUAAUGCAAAAGGGGAGUUGUUUCAAAACUUUUGUUGAUUGAUAAACUACUCAAAUCGCUUCCCCUGAACGGAGGAGACUAAAACGUUUAUUUACCUCUACGUCAUAAUAAACUCAGGCGGGCUAAAACCAGACACGUGACUGAACUGUGAAGCCAAUGGGGAUAUCUCAAUGGCUCAAGUCUCUCCUCAACAUACAGCCAGAAGCUGUCCACCGAUCCAGCCAUGAAACCGUCGACAAGAAUAAGCCUGCUUAUGACGAUAUAACAAGUGACGACGAAACGCCGCCUGCCGAAACCCAUUUGCGAGCGGAGUCUCCUUGGCGUGACGCUAUAUCUGGCGGCGGGAGCGGUAGACUCCGAAACUUGACUGGGCGGAAUGCCCCUUAAUUCCUCUUCUUCCUACCCACGACAACCACAGCGUCCUCUCGUCGAUGAUAUGAGGAAUGGCUGGAUGGCCACAGAACAAAAAUACAGCAAGUUGGGCCCAAAUAUGAAGGCCGACGGCUCUAAAAGGUUCCCUGCCUGCAUGAAGGGCCUCUUCACUCUUUUCAGUGCUCCGCGAUUCCGUCGUUACAUCAUCGUGUAUGUUAUUCUCGUGUGGAUAUUUCUGGGUAGCUGGGUUAGGUUGAUUUCUCCUCGCUUAAAGGAGCAUGAGGAGCUAUCAAGAGCGCUAGACGUGAAUGCCAGAGACAGUACUUUGGGCUGGUUUGGGUCUAAUGCCCUGCCCAAAUUUGACGACCUGGUAUAUCUGAGAUUGUUGGACCCUGCGCUGCGACCCAGCGAGAAUGCGGAUAGCGCUCAAAAAAGACGACUUAUUGUGAUAGGCGAUGUCCAUGGCUGUUUGGAUGAAUUGGAAUCCCUUCUACAAAAAGCCGAAUUUGACCCCAAGAACGGAGACCAUUUGAUCUUCACUGGCAACCUGAUAGCGAAGGGCCCCAAGAGCACGGGAGUAGUUGAUCUCGCUCGCAAAUACCGGGCCUCCUGUGUCCGAGGAAAUCAUGAAGAUCGUGUCCUUCUUACCCGGCGCGAUAUCAAGGCUACAGGUCCGUCUAGAAAUGAGCGUUCCUCUAACAAUGACGACAUAGAACCUGGUAAUAGGGAACGGGCUCUUGCGAGAGAAUUGAGCGACGAGCAAGCGGGUUGGUUGGAUGCAUGCCCUGUGAUCUUGAAAGUGGGAUCGAUAAAAGGCAUGGGAGAGGUGGUGGUCGUGCAUGGUGGCCUAGUGGCAGGCGUUGAGUUAGAGAGCCAAGAUCCCUCAACCGUCAUGAGUAUGCGAACUAUUGAUCUUUCAAGCCAUAUUCCCAGCGCGUCAUCGAAGGGCGUCUCUUGGACAAAGCUCUUCAAUAAACAUCAAAGCAUUUUAGCAGUAUCUCGAGAAUCUGCAUCGGCAGGAGAGAAGGACCGGUAUUCACCUUCAACAACCGUGAUAUACGGAAAUGAUCCGCGCCGUUCUCCUGCCCUGGAGAAGUAUACCAAGGGUUUGGACACAGGUUGCGUCAAGGGAGGGAAACUUUCCGCAAUGAUCAUUGGGGAUGGCGGCAUUACCCGCAUUGAGAGCGUAAAGUGCAAGGAUUAUACGAUGAAGAGGACCGCGAAGCGCUGAGCAUCAUUGGUGACUAAUUUUCCAACACCCCUUUCUUGGAGCUGGCUGAAUUUUUGUUUCCUUUUUUUCUCUUUUUUCCCCCCCGAUACUCGGUCGUUUUGGUGUCCGGUUUUGAUUCUUCACUUCUAUAUUCCAAGUUUUUUUGUUUUGUUUUGUUUUGUUUUGUUUUGUUUUGUUUUGUUUUCGAAGUGUAAUUAGAGGGCGCCUUUUACUUUUUUCUUUUAUCAGUUUUUGUAAAAUAGAAUUACCUAUACCGUUGGAUACUUCUCAUGCGACAUGUUCCAGAUAUCAGCCAUGCCUUCCCCCCAUAGAUCAUUUUAUUUUCUCUUCUCGAAACUAACUUACCUGCCUAUACUUGCAUCAUUCUCACUUGACACACACUUCCUUUGCCAACCAACAUCUGGCGGCGUAUACGUGUGUGUUUCUUUUGUCCUGGCUCUUUAUCAGGGUGUCUUCUGGCGGCGAUCCUGUUGCCAUUAAAUCCUGCUGCUUAGAAUGCAUAGCUGAUGCAUAUUCUAAGGGUCAAUGGAUGCUUUGCCAUUCGCAAAAUGAUAAAUUGUAACAAUCAGUUCUUCUUCAGAAAAGCCCUGUGGCGGAUGGAUGGGUAGAACCCAAGGCGCGACUGGCUGUGGCUCGAUAGGCCUAUGUGAUACACAGUUUCGCGCGGCCGCAAGUAUACGAGCAUGGAAGCGAGACAGGAAGGGGUGUGCAAACCUGUUGGCACAAUUGGGACUGUAAUCUCCAACCUUGUUUCCGGGAAUAGGUCUGCCCGAGCGGGAGCGGCGGAAUAGCGAGAAUCAGCUGUAAGGCGACCUAGAAAUAAGUGUUUCAUCUUGUGUUUGUACUGUACAUGCCAAGGGUAAAAGUUGUACACAUUUUCAUCCCUGUCCAUUCCAUCCCCUGCAUCCCUUAGGUAGUAUAUUGUUACCGGUUUGUUUGAGCACAUUAGGAAGUAUCCGCCCAAGGUUUUCUGGAUGUUUGCUCUACACGGCUCAGUGCGUUGAGAUUCCGAAACUCCUUGUGUGUGCCGAGGUAUGGUAUGCAUAGAUGGCCUGUUGUUACCGCGCAGUGCACACAGAGAAAAGAAACUUAUUCUUACCCAGCGUUGGUACAUUCCAUAGGACUAGCGGAGUUUUGUACGGACACACGCCGAAAUAGAGAUAUCGGUAACUUAAGCGGGACGACCCGUCCGGAUGCAAGAACCACCAACCUUAUCAAACGACAACGAUGCUUCUUAUUUUCAUUUUUAUUUAUUUAUUUAUUUACUAUACAUUUUCCUCCAAUAAUGUACCUAGAGCAAUGUUGACUGUAGUUUUCAUUCCUGCAAGUUUAGAUUUAAGGAUCAAUGAACAACGAAAAUUGUAUUUACAUUUGAGAUUAUUAUAGUCCAUGUAGAUGUAGAAACAAUUGAAUUAAGCCAGCUUCCUUACGGGUCAAACUGGGUUGGGAGAAUAGAACUGAUUGAUACUGUCAAAGGGUAUGAACCUGGAAGGCCAGCAAUAUUUAAGACGAGAAUAGGAAGGUGGUCGUGUAAAAGGGCGUGGGGGUAUACAUAUUAGAUAAAUAAUGAUAAGAUAGAUGGACAUUAAUCAUGACGACGCAAG